AUGGCACUUUCCGCUCCCCGGCUGGUUGCCGGAGCUCUCGUGAUCCUGGCAGCUGUAGCUCUGGCCCGUUCAGACGCCGAGCAGCAGAGCCCCAGGCGCUACAAUGUCGCCGACGCGAUGGGCUCAGAGGACCGCACCGGCUCCGCCCUCGCCGCGUCCUGGGCGUCUAGUGAAUUAUGGGGUGCCAUUGCCGCCACCGCCGCCUUGCUCAUAGUCGUAGUCAUAGGUCAUAGCGGAGGUGCUGGUGUUUGUCGGCGUGUGUUGGCUUAA